AUUUUUCUUCAAGAAACAUUUAUGUCUUGUAUCAUCGUCAUGAUGUUGCACUUAUUCAUUGCUCUUUGUUUUUUGGGUUUUGCUUUUGCAGAUCAGCCCGAUGAAGAAACCAUUCGGCGAGCAAUGCAAAAUCCUGACCUCUUUGGAGGUGAUAUGAUGGGAAUUGAAGGACCAGAUGACCGAAAUGGAAUUCCAUGGGAAAUGUUUAGAUGGCCAGAUGCCAAAGUCCCAUAUGUCAUUGAUCCAUCAUUAAAGGAUCAUAUGGAUGUGAUCACGCAAGCCUUCAACAAUUACCACUCGACAACCUGCGUGCGUUUCAUUCCAAGAACGAAUCAACCAGAUUACAUCAGACUUUUUGCUGGCCAAGGUUGUUAUUCUCAAGUUGGAAUGACAGGUGGCCAACAGCCUGUAUCCUUAGGACAAGGCUGUCACUUCAAAGGUACUGUAGUUCAUGAACUUGGGCAUGCACUAGGAUUCUAUCACGAACAAAACAGAUCGGACAGAGAUGAUUAUCUGGAAAUAUUCAUGAAUAAUGUGCAGAAAGGUAUGGAAUCGAAUUUUGCUAAACUGGCUCCCAAUCAGAACUGGCUGAUUACUGAUUUUGAUUAUGAAUCCAUCAUGAUUUACGGAAAUCAUGCAUUUUCCAAAGAUGGUACUUCAAUUACGAUGAAGGCUAAAAAUGGAAAGCCAUUGUAUGAUCCUUACAAGAAGAUUGGCAUGACUGCAUCUGAUAUCAAGAGAGUUAACACAAUGUAUGAGUGCAAAUAAAGUGAAAUAAUUGAUAUGAAAAGUAUCUGAGAGAAAGCAAUUCUUGUGAAUACUCAUAAGGGAAAAACAUAAGCAAUAAGUUACGGAUAAGAUAAGCAAUAAGAUAAGUUAUCUAACCAGUUGAAUGAGCAGAAGAUGGAUGGGAAAAAGUACUUCAUUUGGAUAUAUACAGUAAAGUGAAUUAAUUAGACAAGUAAGAAAAUUUAGCAAUGGUGCAGAAACAGGAAGCAAAAAUUAUCUCUAAUCUAUAAACAGUCUACAUUGAAUUUUCUAACACGGAUGGGUUAA